AUGAGGUUUAGGCUGUGUAUUCCCGAUGUGGAUAAUCUCAUAAAGGAGAUUUUGGAAGAAGCUCACUAUACAGCUUACAAUGUGCAUCCGGAAUCCACCAAGAUGUAUCAUGAUUUGAAAGGAAAUUAUUGGUGGAGUGGGAUGAAGAGGGAUAUGGCAAAGUUUGUCUCCAAGUGUCUGACGUGUCAGCAGGUUAAGUUAGAGCAUCAGAAGCCGUCAAGAUCUCCUGUGUGUUGGGAAGAAGUAAGCGAACGGAAGUUAGCAGGACCAGAGUUGGUUCAGUUCACUUCAGAAAAGAUUCUGGUUAUCCGCGAAAGGCUGAAGACAGCUUUCAGUAGGCAGAAAAGUUAUGCGGAUCCAAAGUGGAAGCACGUGGAAUUCAGUGUUAGGGAAUGUGUGUUCUUGAAGGUGUCUCCUAUGCAAGAUGUGAUGCGGUUUGGCAAGAAGGGCAAAUUGACCCCUCGUUAUAUGAGACCCUUUAAGAUUGUUGAUAGAAUUGGAGAGGUGGCAUACAAGCUAGAUUACCGACGAAUUUUCUCGCAUGUGCAUCCGGUAUUCCACAUAUCGAUGUUAAGGAAGUACAUUUCGAACUGUUCGCAUGUGUUGCAACCUCAAUAUGUGGAAGUAAGCGAAGAUCUGAGUUACGAGGAGCAGCCAGUCAUGAUUGUGGAUACUUAA